AUGGACUACAUGUGGCGAAGAGCUGCGGCUGAGGAGGAGGAGGAGGAGGAGGGGCAGAGCGAGCUGUCAGCGGCCCUCAGAGCCACCUCUGCUUUGUGUUUCUGCCUUGGUGAGCUGGAAUCUGCGUAAUGAUGGGGUAGACUCUAUAAAAUAAGUGUCGAGGCGAUACAGCAGGCUAUCUGUGGUGGUUACAGUGAGUGUGAUCACUCCACAGCUACAUUAGAGUCACUGUAUCCACACUGGAGUUGAUCUGAAUGUGAAUAUUUAUGCCGUGUCAUGUUGGGUAUUGAGGUUACAAAGUAAAUCCUGCUGCUUUUGUUGCAGAUCCCCUGCAGACAUGCAUCUCCUGCUCCACUGAGAAAAUGAAAAGUCCAUUUCUCAGCCUAUCCACGCUCCGAUUCAAGGUGAGCACCCUCCCUGCAGCAGGUGAACGUGAGAACGGCUCUCAGCUUCAGGUGUGGCGUACUUCAUCCUGCAGCGUGAAGGUCAAACAUCCAACAAUAAUCAAAUCACGUCUCUCAGAGUGGAGGGGGACAUAUGCGUCUGGGUUUGACUUUUCAGCUCUCACAUGAAGACGUCUGGAUCUGCCCUUGAGUUGGAGCAGAGAAAGGCUCAAGUUCAUCUUGGUGUCAGCACAGCUUUAAAGGGCACAUGCAGCACCACACCGAAGCCUCGCCGUCUUUGUGUUUUCCUGCGUUUUUCUUUAGACAUCUUUAAAAUCUCCUCUAGACUUCUACCGCCAACGUGCUGGACUGGUCCAACAGCGUCGGGUCAAAUGGAAAAGUAUGAAAACAAAAGAGGACGACACGAUUUCAGAAUCGAUGAUCUGUUCAGAUCCCAGUCUGAGCUGCAGGAGCUGAGCGGUUCAGAGGUUGAUUUAUCACCACAGUGUGGAGAACAUUCACUCUCUACGUGUUUGUAG